AUAAUUAUGUCCAAUUGUAUUAACUUUAUUUUAAGAUUUUGGUCUAGUUAUCUCGUUUGAUUAAAUUAUUACGGAUUCGGUUUUCUUAUAUUAAGAGAGAAAGUUUAAGCAAACCAUUUUCUUGAACUUGAGAGAGCAGCAUCUUUUAGCAGAUGGAGACAGAAUUGAAGAAGGCUUUUACAUGGGUGAUUGAUAACUUCUCCGAAAGGAACGAUGAGAUAAAGUCGGAUCCCUUCUCAAGAAGCGGCUGCGAAUGGUAUCUUGGGGUUUAUCCCAAGGGAUAUUGUUCUGAUCACUUGUAUGUGUACUUUGGUGUUUCGAAUCCUGAAGCAUUGCAACCUGGAUGGAAAAUGAGAGCUAGUCAUUUCUUCGUUUUGUUGAAUCAAUCCGGCAAAGAGCUCUACAGAACAUCUGAAGCAUGCAACUUGUUCUGCGCUGAGGUCUCAGACCCGUGUUUCUCUAAGACAUUGCCUCUUAGCACGCUUGAAGAAGAAGGGUUUCUGGAGAACAACAAACUAACCAUUGAAAUCUACAUUAAAGUUAAAUCAGUGAGUUGGAUCUUCGUGAAACACCCAGACAUUGCAGUAGGUUUCAGACCAAAGAACAAACUGGUGAAGAAAGCAUAUAUGAAUAUUCUCCUCGGCCUCAUCGAGACACUGCGCAAGCCUCCUCUAAGCUUGUCUGAGACUGAGCUAAGAAACGCUCACAGCGAGUUGACUAAGUUGAUGGAAGUGAGCUUCAAGCUAGACUGGUUAAAAACAAAGCUUGAGGAGGUUUCCUUGGAGAGGAAGAAAGCAGUUUCUGAUGGUUCUCAGGUCCAACAACUGAAGGAACGUGUCAAGAAUCUGGAGCUUACUGUGUGGGAUCUCAAAGUUGAACUAGAAAAGGAGAAGAUCAUUGCUGAUAAAGUUUCUUCUUUUGAUUUCAUAGGUUUUUUCAUAAAGAGAUUCUUUCUCUCUUGUUUCUCAAUCUCAAAACACUAAUUAACUAUGUUUUACAGUCAAGGCUUGAAGAGGUUUCAUUCAAAAAUAAAAUUCGGUUAUUGUGUUCUGAUUCCAAGAACUUUAAAUGGGAGCGAUUCUCUGUUUCAGUUCAUAUCAUUUUAAAUUAAAAGUUUUCUUUCA